AAACAUAAGUAUCAUUGUUUAAUAGGAAAAUAGAAAAUUAAUUUAUUCUAAUUAAGUGCUGAUGAUUUACCACUUGAUUAAGUAAUUGAAUUAUAGAAACAAACACAUUCUUGUAUUAUUGUAACUGUACUUUGUUAAAUGGCAGCACUCACUGAAUGUGAAGUAGAAAUAGUGCCAAUGAGAGGUGGAAAGGAUGCUAUAUUAAAGAAUCUCCUCCAGGAAGUGGAAAGUAUGAAAUAGUAGUGAAACUGAUCAAUUCAAUAUAUUUGUGAAGAAAAUAGGAUAUUUAGUUUAUAAAGGUGAAAUAUCUCCAAAGGCUGGACUUUGUGAAUUUAAAUAUAAAUUAAUAAAAGCUAAUAGUUUAGAAAAAGGAUAUGAUA